AUGGAACAUCACCAUGAAGUCUCCAACGAUGUACCUCAACAACAACAGCAGCAACAACAUCAAGAGCAUGGGCAUGAGCAUGAGCACGAGCACGAGCAUGGUCAUAGUCAUGGUCAUGGUCAUCAAGAGCAAGAGCAUGAGCAAGAACAAGAGCACGAGCAUGUACAACAAGAGACACAGCAACAUCAACAUCAACAGCAACAGCAGCAACAACAACAGGAGCAUGAUAUGGAUGGCCCCAUUGCGACUCACGCAGAGUCAAUCAAUGAUCAAUUGAUCAGUGUCUCCAGUGAGAUGGCGACACAGUCCACUCAUACCAGGCAUCACGUCAAGAGAUGUUGUGAUUGUAAUUGUGAUUGUGGUCAGAUCCUCCUCAACACUGUACAAGAGAUCAUCAAUGAGAAGUUUGAACUACUAUGGGAGCAGAACCAAAGACUGGCGGCACAAUCCACCCAUCUGGAGAACCUCCUCGUCAGUGUCAUCAACAUCAAGUAUCCCGAGCUAAAGAGGAAACAGAUGUCAUCCUCUUCCAGCAACGUCAAUGGAGGUGGAACUAUGAACGGCGGGCAUCAUCAUCCGCCGCAGCCACCAAUACAACAACUAGUUCAACAACAACAAAUACAACAUCCGCAGCCACAACAGCAACAGCAGCCACAUCCACAGCCACAGCAGCAACUACAGCCACAACCACAAUCACAACCACAGCCACAACAUGUCGAGGUUAUUGAACAUCAAGGUCAAGAGAUGGACGUGGACGCAGAGCCACAACAAGCAACAAAGAAACGAAGAAGGAACUAUAGUCAAGAGAUAUUGAACAAGAUCAAUAAUAUAUUGGACCCUAUAUUCGAAGAUGAUUGGAACCUCUCAAAGAAGCGGGAAGUAGAACUCAGCGAGCGAAUAUCAUCAGAGAUCAACGUCGACAUUACCGAGGGCAUGGCAAUAGUAAAGAACUUCUGGCACAGGCAACGAGGCAACUCAAAGAGAAUAUACUCACAGUUGGAUGAUUAUAGGAUGGGACUGGAAACUUUGUUAAAGGAGGAUCAAGAGACAUUUGAUUAUUUGUGCUCAAAGUUCCACUUUGACUCGAGAGAGUUGGUGAUGAAGGACUUGACAGAGGUCACCAAUAUGAUCAAGGAGAUGUCACAGAAGGGCAGUGGCAGGACAAUUGUCAAGGGCAAGAAGGCGCCAAAGGCACUGCCAGACACACCGGUCAAGACGUUCAAAGGACGCUCCGUCACACUAUGCAAUCACUUUUUCCAUUAUGCCAACAACAACCUAAACAAGCAAACACUUGGAGUGAUCGAUCCAGAGUUCAUCGAAUCAUUCAGCCAACAACAACUACAUGCACAAAAACAAGUAUUACAAAGUUCACAGGCCUCGCCUGGUGUCGAAUAA